AUGAAUAUCUUCACCAAGAGAAACAAGAUCGAGGACCUAUCUCAUCGCAAAACACGCGUUCCUCUCCUUCAUAUCACUCGAAUGCUCCACUCCUUCGCCCAGCGGUUCGCGACGACGGGCCCGCUGAGCGAACUCCAGCACCGGUCGCAGGAUCUAGCUGAUGACACCGGGAAUCUCUCCGACGCGGCUUGGGGAUCCCAGGCUGGGUUCGGCAACAUCGCGCAGGGCGCACCGACCUUCUCGCUCCCAGCCGUCCCGGACCCGACGUCCUUCCUCCGCCUGUACACGGACGACCAAGCGGAUCCGAGCUGCAGGAUCAAGAUCCAGCACGGUACGACGACGCUGGCGUUCCGGUACCAGGGCGGCGUCAUCGUUGCUGUCGAUUCUCGCGCCACGGCCGGCAGCUACAUAGGUCGAUACCUCUCUCUCGCCGAGUCGACUGUAAUGCGCGCUCAUCUGGACACAGCGUCUGGCACCGUCAAGAAGGUCAUCGAGAUCAACCCUUAUUUGUUGGGCACCAUGGCCGGAACCGCAGCGGAUUGCAUGUACUGGGAGACGUACCUCGGGAUCCACUGCCGGCUGCACGAGCUGCGCGAGGGCCAGCGUAUUUCCGUCGCCGCCGCGAGCAAGUACCUGAGCAACCUGGUAUUCAGCUACAAGGGCAUGGGCCUGAGCAUGGGCACGAUGAUCUGCGGCUGGGACAAGACGGGGCCAUCGAUCUUCUACGUCGACGCAGACGGCACGCGACUGCAGGGCGACCUGUUUUCCGUCGGCUCCGGCAGCACCUUUGCGUACGGUGUGCUGGACCAGGGAUUUCAUGCGGGGCUAAGUGACGAGGAGGCGUACGAUCUCGCGCGCAGGAGCAUCUACGCCGCGGGACACCGGGACGCGUACUCGGGCAACAGCUGCAACCUGUACCAUAUCAAGGAAAACGGAUGGGUGCAUGUAGGAACUUAUGAUCUGUCGGAGCUCCACUUCGAGGGACCACACGACCAGCCUGGUAGAAAAGGUUAUGCGUACGACAUUCGUGUCCAAGGACACAGUUCAUCCGAUCGAUCCACGGUCGAAGGAAGAGGGUCUCAGAACUAUCAAUAGCUUCUUCAUUACAAAUGACAUUGGAUCACUGCUCCCUGAUCACUAGACCGCCACCACUCGGCUGUGUCGGCCUCCUGUCCGUCCUCUAGCAAGUUGAGUUUACCAAAGAAGCGCUCGGGCAUCGGAGGGACCGGGACGAAGUCCAAAGCCCACUUGCUCUCUUCCACAGGAUAAGUCUCGACCGCGUCCAUCCGGCUCAUCGCCGCUAUGGACUCUCCCGGUGAGUCGAACGAUAGCGUACUGACCGCCUCGGACAUGUUCGGCACAAUAUUCGGUCGUUCGUCGAGGGCAAACGUAAGCGGAGACCGACUUUUAAGCAGAUCCAGUCUGGAUAGUGGUACCCGACUGCUGCGGACAUCAAUGGGGGACAAGACUUGAUGAUUCGGGCUAGUAGGCGUCGUUUUGUACGGUAGAGUGCAGGCUGCGUCACGG